AUGCCCAUUGCUCUUCCGGAGAAUGAUGAUGACAGACUUGAGCAAGGAUUAGGACCUCAAUAUGAACGAACAACAACAGAAACCAAUCAUGAACACUCUGUGUUUCUGAGACUCUUGAAUUGCCUCCGCAUAUAUAACAUACCUAUGAUCAACUUUGUUAUCAUGAUGGUCCUUGGAUUCUUCCUAUUCAAGCUUACAACCAAGUAUACCGGGUUAUAUAUGAAGAGUUCGCUUGUGACCAUUAUAGUUACCAACUUGGUAUUGUAUGGCGUAUCUGAAACAUUAGCUCAGUCCAUUCUUUCCUAUAAGCCAGAUCAGCCAUUGAUUGGGUUCCGGUUAUUUGAUGAUCAAGUAGUAUCCACGUUUUCUCCCAGACUUCCUAGGUUUCUUUUCAUGGGUAAUAGUCAAUAUGGCCCCGAAAAUACCCGUAUUUAUAAUGACGAUGGCAAUAAUGACGAUGAAGUUGAAGAUGAUGAUGAAGGUAUAGAUAGAUUUUUGGAUUACCUUAGGGGGGAUAACGAUGAAAUACGACGGGAUUACAAUGCGUCGCCAUUAAGUCCAGUAAUUGAAUUAUCAUUCUAUCUGUUUAGUCGAUUGGCUGGGUUUAUGUGUUGGGGGUUUGUGAUGUCAUUUGCUCAGUGUUGGUGGUAUAAGUUCUUACAAAUCUAUUCCAGAGAUCCAAAGUUUAUUGAAGUUCUUCGUAAGGUGAUGACAGACCAAUUUUGUUUCUCUCCUAUAUCUCUUUGCUGUUUCUUUACAUAUGGGACCAUUGUGCUUGAAGGGGGGACAAUUGAAGAUGUGAAGGAGAAGUUAAAACGUAUAUAUCUCAAGACUUUAUUGCUCAAUUAUACUGUAUGGUUCCCAGUACAGUUUAUGAACUUCUUGGUGGUUCCUCGAGACUUUCAAGUCCCAUUUAGUUCAUCUGUGUCACUCUUAUGGAAUUGUUUCUUGUCAAUUAGAAACAGUAAAGGCUAG